AUGAAAGCGGAGUUUCCAGACCUCUUCCAGACAUGUGUGGCGUACGGAGGCUAUGAGGCGGCAGAUGACGACGCCCUUCUUGAGACGGCAGCGCGGCGCAACAACCAGAAGCAAAAUGGUUUUCAAAGCAGAAAGCUAGGAUGGAGAAUAAUCACUUAUUCAGUAGCGACGCACUAG